AUGCUAAAAUCUUCAUAUCUUAUUCGUUAUUCAUCAUUUCAAUUUAAACGUUCUUUUCAUUUAACAAUACCAUCAUUAACAGCUGGACAAACACAAUAUCAUGGUCAAAAAAAUUCAACAUGGUGGGACAAAUAUGAUUCACAUGUUGAUCCUGUUCAAACACGUACAGAUUUACUUAAUAUGGAUGAUUUAGAUGAACGACAUUUUCGUCCUGUUAAACCUGUUAUACCAACAUAUCAAUCAUUUUCUUGUUUUCAUGAUCCAAUUAUAUCUCGUGUUAUUGGAAUUUUAUUACGUGAAGGAAAUCGUGAAUUAGUUGAAGAAUUAAUACAUAAAACAUUUCGUACAAUGAAGUUAAUACAAAUAGGAAAAUAUAAUCGAGCGAAAACAAAAGAAGAACGUGAUUCAAUUGAAUGUAAUCCAGUUACUUUACUUAAACAAGCAAUUAAAAAUGCAACACCUAUUGUUCGUCUUACACGAAUAGCUAAAGGUGGUACUUUAUAUUCUGUACCAAUACCAAUAUCACCAAUACGUGCUACUUUUACAGCUAUUCGUUUAUUAAUUGAUAGUACACAUGAUGCACGACCACAUGAUCAAAGAUUUUGGACGUUAUUUGCAAAAGAAAUAAUGGAUGCAGCACAAAAUCAAGGACGAACAAUAAAGAAAAAACAAGAAAUACAUCGAAAUGCUGAACUAAAUCGUGCAUAUGCACAUUUUAAAUGGCAAAAAUAA